UACAUACAUUUGUACUCACAUAUAUGUGACUACUCGAAAACUCAGCUAACAAGCAAGCAAGCAAACCCGCUAUACAACCAUACAGAGCGCCAUAAAGCGAUAAUAGCGUCGAAGUAGCAACUUACACAAGCCAACCAGCCAGCAAUCCACACAGGCAGUCAACCAACGAACGAACAAAUCAACCACUGUGGUGGCCUGCAUACACUCAGUUCGUUCAAGUGUAUUUUAUACCACUGCUGUAUUACUGCCGCUGCUGCUGCUUGUUCUUCCUCUUGUUCGUCAUCUGCUGCUGCUGUUGCUGCUGCUUCGAUUUCAUAUCGCCUGUACAAGGCAGUGCAAAAGUCUCCUAAGCCACCGUGGGCGCACAGUACAUUUUGUAGUUUUGAUCUCAACGCUAGGCGAAUACACGCAGUGCUUCAAUUGGAAAUCGUCAAAUAUAUUAGCUGGGCUAAUCCAAUUAACUUGAAAGUUUCAAUUUAAAACAAUCCAUACAGAAUAUCAAAUAUGGCCGGUGAACGUCCAAAGCGUCCUCUAUCCGCUUACAUGCUGUGGCUCAAUGAGACUCGUGAGCAAAUCAAGAAAGACAAUCCCGGCAGCAAAGUCACAGAUAUCGCUAAACGUGGUGGCGAAUUAUGGCGUGGAAUGAAAGAUAAAUCUGAAUGGGAACAGAAGGCCAUAAAAAUGAAGGAAGAGUACAACAAGGCAGUUAAAGAGUAUGAGGCCAAUGGUGGUACCGAUACCGGUGCAGCCAAAAAGCGAAAAGGUAAGCCCGCCGCGAAGCCCAUCAAGAAGACAAAGAAGAAAGACACGUCCGAUGAAGAAGAAGAAGAGGAAAGCGACUAAACGCUGGAGCGUGAAAGUGAUUGCGUCCGGUGCGUGAGGGAAGAGGAUGUGACGAAAACUUAUCAAUAAGUUUUAAAAAUAUUUUAUUAAAGUAAUUUUAAGUGGCAUAUAAAACAAAUGUAUGUAUGUAUAUAUACGAAUAUGACAUUAAUGCGUAACUUUAUUUAUACAUACAUUACAGCUAUAUGCACUCAAACAAAAAGUAAAUAAAAUACAAACAAACAAAAACAAUUUCAAAAUAAAAAACAAGUAAACAUUACUACUUAAAAUAAAAUAGCCGUAAAAUGAAAAUAACAAAUACAUAAUAUAAAAUUUCCAGUUUUUAAAACGUUACAAAUACUAUUGAGUAAGAGGAAAACAAAAAGAAAAUCAUUUUUCGAAAUGUGUUCCUUCCAUCUGAAUUAGUUUUCUUUUAUAUACAUAUGUAUGUAGAUAUGUAUUUACGUUUAUAAAAUUUCCGUAAUAUGAUUUCCUAUGUAUACUUUAGUAUGGUAUAUUUUAAUUUUAUAUUAUAAAAUAUAAAUUAAGAUGAAUAUUGGAUAUUCAUGCGAAUUAUCUUGCAUGUGCAUAGUGAAAAUUUGACAUGUUUAUAUUUAUUUUUAUAUUUAUAUUUUUGAAAUAUAAAUUUUCUUUCCUAUUCUUUUCUUAGUGUGCAAACAUACAUAUGUAUUUAUGUAUAUGUAUAUAGUAUGUAUAUACAUACAUAUGUAUGUAUGUAUGCCACAUUUUCUUCUCUGACUACCUUUAUAUUAUUUAACUAGUUAUAUUUAAAAGAAAUUCUGUCCUUUCAUUUUUUCACCACAUUUUACACUGUAAGUUCGUUUUUAGUUAUGUUUUGUAAAUUUACUUGAUGUAAUACAAAACUGACAAAAUCAGUAAUAAAACAAAAUAAAUGAACAAAAAAAAUUAAAAAAAAGAAAAAAAUAUAUAAAUAAAACAUUUAAAUCUACUGUGUAUUUACAUAAAAGAUUGGAAGCAAACCAAAAUUCAGGCAAGCAUUAAAGAAAUAAAAAAAAA